AUGAACGCGCCACCCCUCCCACCUCGGCCCCCAGGGUUCCACCGGCCGCUCUGGCAGCCCGCGGUCCACACCUCAUGGAACUACGUGCUCCACCACAAGGUCCAGCUCGACCACACCGUCGAGCACCAGGAGGUCUGGAUAAUCGAUCUCUUCGACAACACCGCCGCCGAGGUCGCCGCCCUGCACCAGCGCGGGCGCAAGGUCGUCGCCUACUUCUCGGCCGGGACCUUCGAGGACUGGCGGCCCGACGCGGCGCGCUUCCGCCCGUCCGACCUGGGCCGCAAGAUGGACGACUGGGAGGGCGAGAAGUGGGUGCAGACCAACUCGGCCAGCGUGCGCGAGGUCAUGCAGGCGCGCAUGGACCUCGCCGUGUCCAAGGGGUUCGACGGCGUCGACCCGGACAACAUCGACGCCUGGGACAACAAGAACGGGCUGAAGCUCACGAGGCGCGACGCGGAGGACUACGUCCUCUGGCUGGCGGGCGAGGCGCACGCGAGGGGCCUGUCUAUCGGGCUGAAGAACGGCGGGGACAUUGUCCCGCGCGUGGUCGACCAGAUGCAGUGGUGCGUCAACGAGCAGGCGGUGCAGUACGGGGAUGAGGAGCAGUUCCUGCCGUUUGUGAGGCAGGGCAAGCCCGUGUUCCACGUCGAGUACCCCAAGGGGGAGGACCCUGAUAGUGACAGGCACAAUGACAGGAAGGAGGUGACUGGGAAGAAGAGGGAUAAGUGUAUGAGGGGGAAGCAGCAUGGGUUCUCCACUAUUAUCAAGAAUAUCAGGCUGGACCAGUGGAUUCAGACAUCUUGA